AUGCGAACAGCACGAGUGGUGGGACUAGCCGCCAGUGGCACCGCCAGGGACACCAGCUACAACAAGAUCAUCAACUUCCCCGCUGCUAGCAACGCCAACUACAUCAGCUUCAACCCUGAACUUCCUGCCCUGACUGGAUUAACUGUGUGUGCUUGGAAGCAGGACAAGGACAAUGGACGAGCCAGAUACUGGUUCAGCUACGCAGUUCCUGGAAACGAUAACGAGCUCAUCUUGGGAGACGCAAAUGUAUCUUAUACCAAGAUAAUUAAGGUCAAGUGGAUCCACGUGUGUGGUGCCUGGGACUCAGAGACUGGAAAUGCCGUCAUCAGUAUCAACGGAAAAGCAGUAAAUACUGUCGUGGUCAAGAAAGGAGAGGCUUUGAGAGCAGGAGGUAAUCUGGUUAUCGGCCAGGAGCAGGACACUGUAGGAGGAGGGUUCGACUCUAACCAAGCAUACAUUGGAAACCUCUACAACAUCAACAUGUGGGACAGAGCUCUCACUCAAGCUGAAAUUGCUUCUAUGUUCAAUGAAGGUAUGUGUGGGAUCUUCUUUGCUGGUUUGAGUGGUUCGGAACCAAUCAUCUCUUACGCUGAUAUUCUGGCCAAAGAAAUGCAUGGAGACGUAUCCGUCGUUGAUGGGGAGUGCGAUGUUGUCGAAUGCCCCCCGGUUGUCGAAUGCCCGGUUGUCGAAUGCCCGGUUGUUGAAUGCCCUGCUCUUUUCUGCCCUGAAAAAGAAUGCCCUGUAACAGAAUGCCCUGCUGUCACAUGCCCUGAAAAAGAAUGCCCUGCUGUCAAGGAAUGCCCUGUUGUCGAAGAAAUAGAAUGCCCUGCAAAAGAAGAAUGUUCUCUGCCUGCUAGAGAUUGCCCCGGUAUCGAACCUCACCAACCAGCCUGCUGGAAGCCUCUAGAGGAAACCAGGUUCAAGGGAGGUGUGAGCAUUGGUUACAUUGAAGGAGACAUAAACGCAGCCAAGGCUGUGUGUUACGCCAGUGGAACAUGCUUAGCUAUAUCUUGUGCGGAGAAAAAAGGAGCAGUUUCAUGUCAACUGUUGACUUCAUUCGGAAAAGAAAAGAAAGGCAAAGGUAUGACAUCAUUUGUUUACACAUGUUAAGCAGUGCCAGAAGUAGGUGAAAUAAAGAACAAUUAAAUUAGAAGACGGUAGUUUCAAAAUUGUGUUCAGUUCUUUUUUGUUCUUGAUAUUAUUGUAAAACGUUCAAAACUUUAAAAAAGAAUGCAAUUUUGAUAAAAUUCACGUAGUUUCAUUUUUGAAAAGACAAAUUUAACGACCAUUGAA